AUGACAUUCAAAGUUUCAAUUAAAAAUGCCGGCAAAGUCUACGACAUAGAAUUAGAAGACUCUGCCACAGGAGCAGACUUCAAGAAAAAAAUCGAAGAGCUCACCCAGAUCCCUCAGGAACGUCAAAAGAUCUUGGUCAAGGGGGGCAAAUUGACUGACGAUGCAAUUGUUGCCAAACUUAAGGUAAACUUCAAGGCUCCUAUCAUGGUGUUGGGAACACCAGACAAAAAUUUGCCCCAAAAGGCACCAGAGAAACAGGUGUUUUUGGAAGAUUUGAAUGAGAAUCAGUUGGUGAAAACCUCUCAUGAACCUUCAGGAUUGGUCAAUUUGGGUAACACAUGCUACUUAAACUCAUCCUUGCAAGCUAUUUACAACAACAAAGACAUUACUACGCGUGUUGACGAGUACACGGGUCAACUGGGUGGUAACUCGCUUGUCACAAGCUUAAAGGGGAUCUUCUCUGCCAUGAACAAGAAGCAGGAGAACGUGAAUCCUACGUUUUUUCUUAUGCAAUUCAGAAGUACGUUUCCUCAAUUUGCUGAACAAGACAGAGGAUUUUACAAGCAGCAGGAUGCCGAGGAAGCAUACUCGCAGCUUCUCACAGUAUUGAGCUCCGCUUUGAACGUGGAGGAUUUCUUGCGGGUAGAGUUUAAGACUGUAACCAAGUGUUUAGCAUUGCCAGAAGAGGCUGAAAAAGUUGGUUCUGAUAGCGCUCUUAAACUUAACUGUCACAUUGAUAUCAAGACAAACUUCUUGAGAGACGGUCUUUUGAAUGGCUUGAAGGACAACCUCGAAAAGUAUAACGAUACGUUACAGAGUAAUGCGGAGUAUGAGGUGAGCAAAACGAUUACAAGACUCCCCAAGUACUUAACAGUGCAUUUUGUCAGAUUUUUCUGGAGGAGAGACACCCAGAAAAAGUCAAAGAUUCUCAGAAAAGUGCAGUUCCCCUUCGAGUUGGAUGUGGCCGAGAUGCUUGAUGACUCGAUCAAAGCAGAGAAGGUAAAGGUGAGAGAUCAAUUGAGGCAGAUCGAAAAGGAUAAUGCUGAGUUGAUACGGGAUUUUAAAAAGGCUAAAAAGGACACAUCUUUGACACCUCAGCAGCAACAAGAAGAGGAGGACAUGAAAUUAGCUUCCAUAAAAUCGAAGUUCACCGAUGACUUCCAAGAUAUUUUGAAAGACUCAAUGGAUUUAAGCAAGACUACAGAGAAUCCCUCAUCUGUGUAUGAGUUGAGUUCUAUCGUUACACAUCAGGGUUCUUCAGCGGAUUCAGGUCACUACCAAGCAUUCGUAAAGGAUGAGAAGGAUUUGGAUGGAAAUACUUGGUGGAAGUUUAAUGAUAACAAGGUCUCCACAGUCUCCAGAGAGAAGAUUGAGAUGCUCGCUGGUGGUGGUGAGAGCGACUCUGCAUUGAUUUUAUUUUACAAGGCCAAGGGGCUUUAA